ACUACAAAGGUUGAAAGUGAAUUUAAAAAACAAUUAAAGCAUUUGUCGAUUAUCGGUUCUGGAGGUUUCGGAACUGUAUUCAAAGUAAAAUAUAAAAUUGAUGAAAAGAUAUAUGCCGUCAAAAGGAUUGAGCUGAAAACUAGAACAACUGAAGAAAGAAACAAAGUUUUUAAUGAAAUUGGCAAUUUAGAAAAAGUGCGUUCAGAAUAUGUGGUCGAAUAUUAUGAUUCAUGGUUUGAAGGGGAAUAUUUGUAUAUUCGAAUGGAGUUAUGUUCACAGAAUUUACGUAAUAUAUUAGAAAUCAAACCAAAAAUAUUUAAGCGUCAAUUAGGGGAAGCCAUGGAUUUUGUCGAGUAUUUCAUUUCGUGUAUAAUUUUCCGUCAGAUCUUAGAAAGUGUUCAGAACGGUAGAUUUGUUAAGUUAUGUGACUUUGGUUUGGCUACAGUUCACGACGAGCACAUUCAUUGCCGGACAUCUCAAAAACACACACCAGAUGUUGGCACAAUAAAGUACCAGGCACCUGAAAUAAAUUAUGGUGAUAAAUAUGGGCACAAAUCGGAUAUCUACAGUUUAGCAUUAAUUGGUGGAGAAAUAUUUGAUUUAAAAUUGUAUAACCAGGGCACUAAAAGG